AUGGAUUCUGAAAACAUCCCCGAACGAGCAGUCGACCCCUCGACAAAAGACCUCAUCUUCUGGAUCGGCAAGAUCGCCUACUGGACCGUCUGGCCCAUCUACACCGCAAUCUACUACGUAGUCUCCUACCUCGCCGUUGCGCUGUUGUACAUCGGCAAACUGAUCUUUCGGCCGCUCUCCUUCAUCCUCGCCCCUCUCGUCUAUCUCGCGCGAUUCCUGUGGGCGUGCUUCCUCUUUCCGUUUCACUUCCUUGCCAAGUUCGAGACACUCUACAUCUAUCUCUCCGUUGCAGCGUUUAUUGGCAUCGUUGGCGGACUGGUCAUCAGUCUACUCUACGGCUCUCUACAGGGCGCUCUCGGCCUGGACCAGCAACAGAACCCUCCAGGAAGAACUAUCAAGCAGUAUCGCAAGGAGAAGCAGGAGAAGAAGGCGGGAUCGGACUCGGCAUUCUUGUCUCCGCCUCAUGACAUCUCUUCUGGCCAUGUCAGUCUGUCGGAUGGAUUACGAAAGCCCCGCAAAGGGAAUAGUCUAUCCGCGCAGACAAUCAUGGAGGAAGUAGACUCGGAGUCUUCGUCAUGA